AUGUUUUGUCUCCGGGUUGUCAAAGCUCUUACAAUUUUGAUGUGUAAAGAAAAAUGUGUAUCAGUGACCAUCGACCUAUUAAAAACAGCCUAUGUGGGCCCGGGAGGACGGAGCCUGCAGAAGGAACUCGACAGAAGGACCCCAUCCUCAGGGGCCCGGGAGGACGGAGCCUGCAGAAGGAACUCGACAGGAGGGCGCCAUCCUCAGGGGCCCGGGAGGACGGAGCCUGCAGAAGGAACUCGACAGGAGGGCGUCCUCAGGGCCCGGAGGACGGAGCCCUCGACAGGAGGGCGCCCUCCUCAGGGCCGGGAGGACGGAGCCUGCAGAAGGAACUCGACGGGAGGGCGCCCUCUCAGGGCCGGAGGACGGGGCCUGCAGAAGGAACUCGACAGGAGGGCGCCAUCCUCAGGGGCCGGGAGGGACGGAGCCUGCAGAAGGAACUCGACGAAGGGCGCCAUCCUCAGGGCCCGGGAGGACGGAGCCUGCAGAAGGAACUCGACGGAAGGGCGCCAUCCUCAGGGCCCGGAGGACGGAGCCUGCCUCGACGGAAGGGCGCCAUCCCCAGGGGCCCGGGAGGACGGGGCCUGCAGAAGGAACUCGACAGGAGGGCGCCAUCCUCAGGGGCCCGGGAGGACGGGGCCUGCAGAAGGAACUCGACAGGAGGGCGCCAUCCUCAGGGGCCCGGGAGGACGGGGCCUGCAGAAGGAACUCGACAGGAGGGCGCCAUCCUCAGGGCCGGGGCCUGCAGAAGGAACUCGACAGGUGGAGAGAAGGAACUCGACAGAAGGGCGCCAUCCUCAGGGGCCCGGGAGGACGGAGCCUGCAGAAGGAGCUCGACAGAAGGGCGCCAUCCUCAGGGGCCCGGGAGGACGGAGCCUGCAGAAGGAACUCGACAGAAGGACCCCAUCCUCAGGGGCCCGGGAGGACGGAGCCUGCAGAAGGAACUCGACAGGAGGGCGCCCUCCUCAGGGGCCCGGGAGGACGGGGCCUGCAGAAGGAACUCGACAGGAGGGCGCCCUCCUCAGGGCCCCGCCUGCAGAAGGAACUCGACAGGAGGGCGCCCUCCUCAGGGGCCCGGGAGGACGGAGCCUGCAGAAGGAACUCGACGGGAGGGCGCCCUCCUCAGGGUCCCGGGAGGACGGAGCCUGCAGAAAGGAACUCGACGGAGGGCGCCAUCCUCAGGGCCCGGGAGGACGGAGCCUGCAGAAGGAACUCGACGGAAGGGCGCCAUCCUCAGGGGCCCGGGAGGACGAGCCUCAGAAGGAGCUCGACAGAAGGCGCCAUCCCAGGGCCCGGGAGCGGAGAGUCGACAGGAAGGGCGCCAUCCUCAGGGGCCCGGGAGGACCCUGCAGAAGGAGCUCGACAGAAGGGCGCCAUCCUCAGGGGCCGGGAGGACGGAGCCUGCAGAAGGAAUCGACGAAGGACCCCAUCCUCAGGGGCCCGGGAGGACGGAGCCUGCAGAAGGAACUCGACAGAAGGACCCCAUUGAGGGGCCCGGGAGGACGGAGCCUGCAGAAGGAACUCGACGGAAGGGCGCCCAUCCUCAGGGGCCCGGGAGGACGGAGCCUGCAGAAGGAACUCGAGGGAGGGCGCCAUCCUCAGGGGCCCGGGAGACGGAGCCUGCAGAAGGAACUCGACAGGAGGGCGCCCUCCUCAGGGCCCGGGAGGACGGAGCCUACAGAAGGAACUCGACAGGAGGGCGCCCUCCUCAGGGGCCCGGGAGACGGGGCCUGCAGAAGGAACUCGACAAGGCCAUCCUCAGGGCCCGGGGAGGACGGGGCCUGCAGAAGGAGCUCGACGGAAGGGCGCCAUCCUCAGGGGCCCGGGAGGACGGGGCCUGCAGAAGAACUCGACAGAGGGCGCCCUCCUCAGGGCCGGGAGGACGGAGCCUGCAGAAGGAACUCGACAGGAGGGCGCCAUCCUCAGGGGCCCGGGAGGACGGGGCCUGCAGAAGGAACUCGACAGGAGGGCGCCAUCCUCAGGGGCCCGGAGGACGGGGCCUGCAGAAGGAACUCGACAGGAGGCGCCAUCCUCAGGGCCGGAGGACGGGCAGAGAACUCGACAGGAGGGCGCCAUCCUCAGGGGCCCGGGAGGACGGGGCCUGCAGAAGGAACUCGACAGGAGGGCCCAUCCUCAGGGGGCCCGGAGGACGGGGCCUGCAGAAGGAACUCGACAGAGGGGCCAUCCUCAGGGGCCCGGGAGGACGGGGCCUGCAGAAGGAACUCGACAGGAGGCGCCAUCCUCAGGGGCCCGGAGGACGGCCUGCAGAAGGAACUCGACAGGGGGCGCCAUCCUCAGGGGCCGGGAGGACGGGGCCUGCAGAAGGAACUCGACAGGAGGGCGCCAUCCUCAGGGGCCCGGGAGGACGGGGCCUGCAGAAGGAACAGAAUGGGAGGACGGAGCCUGCGAAGGAACUCGACAGGGCCCCAUCCUCAGGGCCCGGGAGGACGGAGCCUGCAGAAGGAACUCGACAGGAGGGCGCCCUCCUCAGGGGCCGGGAGGACGGAGCCUGCAGAAGGAACUCGACAGGAGGGCCCUCCUCAGGGGCCGGGAGGACGGAGCUGCAGAAGGAACUCGACAGGAGGGCGCCAUCCUCAGGGGCCCGAGGACAGAAGGAACUCGACAGAGGGCGCCAUCCUCAGGGGCCCGGGAGGACGGAGCCUGCAGAAGGAACUCGACAGGAGGGCGCCCUCCUCAGGGCCCGGAGGACGGAGCCUGCAGAAGGAACUCGACAGGAGGGCGCCAUCCUCAGGGGCCGGGAGGACGGAGAAGGAACUCGACAGGAGGGCCCAUCCUCAGGGGCCCGGGAGGACGGGGCCUGCAGAAGGAACUCGACAGGAAGGGCGCAUCCUCAGGGGCCUCCGGGAGGAGGACGGGGCCUGCAGAAGGAACUCGACAGGAGGGCGCCCUCCUCAGGGGCCCGGGAGGACGGGGCCUGCAGAAGGAACUCGACAGGAGGGCGCCUCAGGGCCUGCAGGGGGAGGGCGCCAUCGGAGGACGGAGCCUGAGAAGGAACUCGACAGGAGGGCGCCCUCCUCAGGGGCCCGGGGAGGACGGAGCCUGCAGAAGGGAACUCGACAGGAGGGCGCCCUCCUCAGGGGCCCGGGAGGACGGGCCUGCAGAAGGAACUCGACAGGAGGGCGCCAUCCUCAGGGGCCCGGGAGGACGGGGCCUGCAGAAGGACGGAAGGGCGCCAUCCUCAGGGGCCCGGGAGGACAGGGCCUGAAGAAGGAACUCGACGGAAGGGCGCCAUCCUCAGGGGCCCGGGAGGACGGGGCCUGCAGAAGGAACUCGACAGGAGGGCGCCCUCCUCAGGGGCCCGGGAGGACGGGGCCUGCAGAAGGAGCUCGACAGGAGGGCGCAUCCCAGGGGCCCGGAGACAGGCCUGAAGAAGGAACUCGACGGAAGGGCGCCAUCCUCAGGGGCCCGGAGGGACGGGGCCUGCAGAAGGAACUCGACAGGGGGGCGCCCUCCUCAGGCCGGGAGGACGGGGCCUGCAGAAGGAGCUCGACAGGAGGGCGCCAUCCUCAGGGGCCCGGGAGGACGGAGCCUGAAGAAGGAACUCGACAGGAGGGCGCCAUCCCCAGGGGCCCGGGGUGUGCCAUGAGCGAGGGAGGGUCAGGAGGCGGGGACGUGACAUAG